AUGCAAAGCUAUUAUAAAAACCCAUAUACGCCUCUCAGUACCGAGGACGACAAUACAUCCUCCGAUGCUCUGCCCACACAGGCCCAGAGGAAUCCAGUCUAUACCAAUAAGGGAAUUCUAACUCUUACGACUUCAUUAUUUCUUCUAUGCACCGGUCUAGGUGCGGCAUUAUACUAUCAAAUUAAUUCAGCCUGUGGGGCUAGUUAUGUACCUGAAUCUUCACAUAUCAAGGUACCUCAUCGAGCAGUGACAUUUCUUCCACACAACGAGUACACAGAACAGCUUCCAGAUGAGCCGGGGUCGGUAUGGGAUAACUUAAUACCUCCUGGGAGGGGGUUUGUUACUGCAAAGCGGACAAAUUCGGGAUCUUUAGCCUUCGAAGAGCACUCUUCGGUGUCCUCUAACGAAGAUCAAUCCAAAGAAUACUACUGUAUCUCAGCUUUCCACCAGAUGCACUGCCUUCAGGCCAUCAUUUUCAAUGCCCUGUAUUCAAAGAACCAUUCAGAUCAUAAUCACAGGGACGAUCAUAGUGAUCAUACUAAGCACUGCAUCGAUUAUCUUCGACAGUCCAUAAUGUGUGCGAGUGAUGCGACGCUUGAGGGCUCAGGGGUGUUAGGGGGAGACGGGAACCGGGCUGUCGACGGGUGGAAGAAUACGCAUCAGUGUCGAGACUGGGAUAGCCUGUACAAUUUUGCAUCACGCCAUCGCAUGUUAGAUUCAGAUGGUAUUGUGGUGGAGACCUCCAAAUAUCUUACCACAUUACAAUGGAUCGAUAACCUUUUCACCAAUUCCUGGCCUGAAGCACAGUCACUGAGCCGCGGAGUCGUAUUUUGGGCCAUCACAUCUAUUUGGGGCAGGCGUGGGUCAUUGGAUUACAUCAAUAUGAAUGAGGCACUGCCGGACCUUGUCUCUGAGCUGCGCCCACGUGGCCCUGACAAGUUAGCCAUCUAG